AUGAACGUCACCAGUUUCAUCAUAGAUCGCUGCAUCAUAGGAACCAUACGCCUUCCGCGCCCUGCGCACUACUCCGCAUAUCGAGCGCGGAUUUCCCCCGAAAGUAUCAUCGUCGGCGACGCCGCGUUGUCUUCUGUGCCACCACCGGAAGCUCGGGCGCUGCCGCAAACGAUACACGAACUAUGCAAGGCCGUUGUCGGAAGGUGGAAUGCUGCCGCAAAGCGAUCCAAGUUGCAUCAAAGCGACCGCCCUGUAUGCCUGCAAACCGGUUCACCUCCACGACCCACCGCGUCCGCCAGACUCACCGCGUCGUAUGCUUCGACUUUGACACAUCCUGUCAACCGGUUUCUGCAUCGCCUGUGGGUGAAGCGACCGCCUCGGCCAGCCACACGCCGCUGGCAUCCACUGGAUCAUGAUCUGGACCUGCUGUGGCACGGUCUGACUUCGUUGGCCAACAGUGUAAAUUGA